UAAGUGACAGAUCAAGAAUGAUGUUAGGUUUUAUAGAGACUAGCAUCUGUGAGUUUUUUCUCCGUUGUUGUUGUAUGUUUUUGAUCUUUUUCUUUUUCGUUUGUGUAGGAGAUACCAUUGCAAUUUUAAGGGCAGAGUUGAAAAGUCAAAGGAAACAUGUCAAAAAUUUAAAAAAGAAAUCCCUCUGGUCCAAGAUAUUAGAAGAGGUAACAGAGAAGCUUGUGGACAUUGUGCAUUUCCUUCAUUUGGAAAUCCAUGCUGCAUUUGGCUGUGCUGAUGGAGAGAAAUCUAUGAAAAACAACAACCAGAGGUUGGGAUCUGCUGGUCUUGCAUUGCAUUAUGCGAAUAUCAUCACUCAGAUUGAUACACUUGUAGCAUCUCAUGCUUGUUUUUAAAAAAUCAACUAUCAUCUUCAGUAGUCUUGCUCCAAGUAUUUUUCCCUUACUUCCAUCUAACCCACUUUUGGUCUCUAUUAGUAGUGUGAUGUUGUGGAGUAUGGGACGAAAUUUCUUUUCUUUCUCCAGUAAGCUAAAACACCUUUUUGGUGAUCAUAUCAACAAUCCUCAUCCUUUAUGUUUGUGUGCUCUCAUUUAAUCAUCAUCUUUGAUCCCAAAUUAUAUGCUCUAAAUUGUUCUUCAAAGACUCCCCCAAAAUAUGUGGAACUCAUCAAUUCGCUAUUGAAUUUGUGAAUUUCAAA